GCUCGCAAGAGUAAACCUUAAGAGAGAACGCGAAUGAGCAAAGGAACUUGGCGCUGGCGCUGGCGUCGACGUUGACGCUGGCGUUCGCCACGAAGACGUUGCGCCAUGUGACGAAGAUGGCACGGAACCUGGGCCACGAAGACGUUUGACUUACUUUGCUCUGCCGCUGCGAACGUAGCAAUAUAUAAGCGGUUCGCGUUUUGCUUUUCCUUUUGGCUUUUACCGUUAAGGUUGCUGCUGUUCCCAAGUUCUAUUUCUAAGCAAACACAGACGUGUAUAUCUAUGUGUGUGUGUGUCCUGCUUGGGAACCCUCAGCGACAUUCAUAUUUAUACUUGUUCGAGGCAGCGACAAAAUUAGUUUUUCAAUGACUCGCGCGCUGCCAGGUUAUCCUUAUCUCCCGUCUCCUGUUGGGAACUACUACAUAUAAGCCUGCCCGCUCGCCAAACUGAAUCGCAAAACGCGUCAAUUCCUCAAAAGCGCUGUAACUGUAACUGUCAACUGUUUCGAUUUCGGCUAACGAGUUCCAUUGAGUGUAUGAGGUCCUUGGCACAGAUCCAACCCAGCUCUGGAUCCAGAGGAACUGCUAUUUCGAUCGCAAUCGGAGAUCGACGAGAUCGGCCAGCGCUAACAGCAGCGACGCCGAACCAAUCUCCAGUUGGAGAAAACCGAAACCUAAGCGGAAGCUGAACCUUCAACUAAGGCCAUUACAAAUGUUUAAAAUGGAUGAUUUUUGGCAGCAAGCGCGCGUGCCUUUCUCUCUACACCAUCAGCAGCAGCAGCAGCAGCAACAGCAGCAUCAGCAGCAGCAGCAACAGCAGCAGCAGCAGCAGCAGCAACAGCAGCAUCCGCAUCCGCAUCCGCAGGCGCAACCGCAUCCGCAUCCGCACCCCUUAGUCGCUCAGCAAUCGUCCAGCAGUAACAAUAGCCACCUGCCGUUGCUUAGCAAAUUGGAGCAGUCGCAGCAUCAGCAGCAGCAAUCUCCAUCACACCAGCAGCACCACCAUGUCGAUCAGUGCUAUAGUCAUGAGGCAUUUGUUGUGCAACAAUCGCUGGCGACAACGCCAGCAGCGCCGUCGGCGCAUCUCAGCAAUCAUCAUUUGCUAUUCAAUGCAGCCGCUGCAGCAGCUGCUGCUGCGCAUCUGAAGACAACUGCAUUGAAUAAUAGUUCAGCCGUUGGUUCCGGUUCCUCAACCGAUCAGAUGGACAAUCCGAGCAAUUGCAAUAGCGUUAGUAAUCUGCUCUUAGUGAAGACCAAGCAGGAACAGCAAUCGCAUCCCCAGCCGCACCAGCAAAAGAAUUCCGACGAUCCGCACCCAACACCACAACAAUCAGAGCAGGCAUAUGCCACUGCUUUCUUUGACGCUUCCAGUGAUCAGCAUCCGCAGCAAUCACAGUCACAGUCACAGUCACACUCACAGUCACAGGCGCAAUCGCAGUCGCAGUCACAGCAUCAACAUCAGCAGCUGCCACACCAAUCACACAGCCCGCUGCUCUCAAAGACAAUAUCGCAAGGUCAACAAUCGCCACAGCACUCGAUAACGCCAUCUGGCGGCAGUUCCACGCCCGAUAUUAAGUACAAUAACGAAAAGCUAGCCAACGAGAUUCAGCUUCAGCUUUCGAGGUCAAGCAGCGCAGCCGCAAUCAGUGAACGAACCCUUGAAGAAUGUUGGUCGACCCUGCAACGAGUGAGUUGGCAUCUCUUCCGUUGUCUUUUCAUGCACAAGAGCGCGAUGCAGCAAAUCCAACAACAGAUACCACGAGUCGGACUGAGUGCCCAUGGUGUUGGCACCACUGCCAGCAUUGGGGGCAGCACGACACCCGGUGGAUCGGAGACAAAGCCACAUCAAUGCCACCAGUGCAUGAAGAGCUUCUCCAGCAACCAUCAACUGGUCCAGCAUAUACGCGUCCACACCGGAGAGAAGCCCUACAAAUGCUCCUACUGUGAUCGUAGAUUUAAGCAGCUAUCCCAUGUCCAGCAACAUACGCGACUGCAUACCGGAGAGCGACCGUACAAGUGUCACCUGCCGGAUUGUGGUCGAGCAUUCAUCCAGCUAUCUAAUCUGCAACAGCAUCUGAGGAACCACGACGCCCAGGUAGAGCGGGCCAAGAAUCGUCCAUUCCAUUGUAACAUUUGUGGCAAGGGAUUCGCCACAGAGUCGAGCCUGCGCACCCACACAUCAAAGGAGCUACAGCUGCAUCUUGGUGUCUUGCAGCAGCAUGCGGCACUCAUUGGUGGCCCCAAUGCCACCUCAUGCCCUGUGUGCCACAAACUCUUUUUGGGCACUGAGGCGCUGAUGGAUCACAUGAAGCAUGUCCACAAAGAGAAGACCUCGCCGCCGAUCGAGCCACCGACGCAAUUUGGAGAUGCCAUCCACGGCAGUAGCUCACUUGCAGCGCAAUGUGCGUCCGAGCUGAACUGCGCUCAACCUUCAAACACCAGUGGGUCCAGUUUGAAUGACAGCUAUCUCGGCAAGCGGAGAACCGCCAACCACCCCUGUCCUGUCUGCGGCAAGCACUAUGUCAAUGAGGGCUCCUUGCGCAAGCAUCUCGCCUGCCACGCGGAGACCUCCCAGCUGACAAGCAGCCUGCGCAUGUGGCCGUGUUCUGUUUGCCAGGCGGUAUUCACUCACGAGAACGGUCUUCUCACCCAUAUGGAUCACAUGCGUAUGGAUCCCAAGCAUCAGUUCGCAGCGCAAUAUGUUUUGUCUCGAGCGGCAGCCGAGCAAAGGGAACGCGAGUCCUUGUUGGCAGCGAGUUUGGCUACCUCGUCGACCAGUAGUGGAGCCCGAGAUCCAGCCGGACAUCUGCUGCCAUUGGAUGUGGGUGCUGGAGCGGGUCUGGUAGUUGGUAUGGGUGUUACACAAGGAGGAGGGUCCAAUUCGUUGUGUCCCUCGCCAUCCGUGAACUCGGAGUGUUCGUCGAAUGGACGGCUCUCCUCGUCAUCCACUUCGGAUCAGGACCAGGACCAUGAUCAGGACCAGGAUCACGACCAAGACCAAGAACAGGACCAAGACCAGGACCAGGACCAGGAUCACGAUCAAGAUCAGGGCUUAAGUGAAAACGAGAACAGCAGUCAUAACAAUAACAUUAUCAGUGCUGGAAACAACAACAACAACACCAUUAACAACAACAACAACAACAACAACUGUAGCUCAAGCAAAAUCAAUUUGGCCGAGCUGCGCCUGCCCAGUUCCAGCCAGUACAACAUGGACGCCGAGCUGCACGCAAAUCGCAUGUCCCUAAUGGCAGCCGCUUCAGCUGCAGCCGCAGCUGUCGCAGCUUCCACGGGCUCCAGAUCACAAGACGGCGGCACUGACGGUCCAGGCAGUGCGGUUGUCCAAGCAGCAGUCGUCAACCUGGCCGCCGCCAUGCGCCUGAACAACCCCGCAAAUCAUCAACAGCCAAGCGAACACCAGGUGCUUCAUCAGCAGAACCAGCAGCAGCAACAGCAACAGCAACAGCAACAACAACAGCAACAACAACAGCAGCAGCAACAACAACAGCAGCAGCAACAGCAACAGCAACAGCAACAACACCAGCAUAACCACCAGCACCAGCACCAACACCAUCAUCAGCCUCUGUCGCACUUGCCGUUGUUGUCGCCGCUCGGCAGCCGGCAGGGCCACACGGGUAUUAAUCUGGGCACUCGGAGAUCGCCGGGUAUAAACGUGCCUAGUUUGCAAAUGCAGAGUGACACGUCGGCAUCGGUUAUGAUGAGCAUGAUGCGCGGCUCUUUGGACACCAGCUUGAGCAGCAUGCAUCAAAUGGAGACACUGCAUCAUCAGCAUCAUCAGGCAUCCAACUAUUCGCAGCACGCUGUGACGCCCAGCUCGCAGCAAACGCCGUCGCAUCCACAGCAUCCGCAUAACCACCAUCCGGAGACGGCACUUCGGAUGCAUCAGCAGGCGGAGGCCAUAUUGCGCUCACACACGGAAGCAGCGUUCCGUCUGGCUGCUUCGGUGGCUGCCACAAACGUGGCACCUUCCAACCCUGGCGGAGCUGGGGCUCCAAUCAAAAGCGAAUCAACAAUAGCAAGUGCUGCCUCUACACAGCAGCAGCAGCAACAGAGGCAGAUCAAUGGUAGUGAUCUGCAUGCAUCGCCCCAUCGUUUCCCAACGAACACGAACCAAGCAUCACAUAGCACCCACCCGCAGUCGCAGCACGAACAGCAGCCUAAUCAACCCAAUUCAUGAAGUCUAUGAGCUAGAAGCUGAGCCACAGAUACCGGUCGCCGGCUAAGCGCAUCAGUAGCGAAUCAGCAGCAGCAAUAGCAGAUUGCCGCACCAAGAACCUAAAACAUUAAGCUGCAUAUAUGUAUGUAUAUGCAUAUGUAUAUUAAGAGGGGGAGGGAGAGAGAUCGAUGUCAGGAAUUUCUCAUUGUAUCAGCAGCACCCAGUACAACGAACUGAAUAUAAAUCCUGUGUCUUUGUUGUGAUUAUCCAAAAAUUCGUACUCCUCCUGCUUUACGCCUCUACUAUAGACAAAUAUGUAUGUGUAAGCGUUUGAAUGUGUGUGUGUGUAACUAGUAAGCCAGCGCAUGUAGUGUACAUACAUAUACCCGACACGAAAUAUUUGUCAGGGAUUAUUCUCUCUAUAUCUCUCUCUCUCUAUAUAUACAUACAUAUAUAUAUAUAUAUAUAUAUAAAGAAGCAUAUCUUAUUUAAGAAUUUAAACAUUCUUGGUGAGAGAGUAUUUACUAGUUCCAAGUAAAUUUCAAACUAAUUUCGAAAUAUUCAAAUAGUAACUGGUGUGAAAUACACAUACACAGAAAUAUAUAUAUAUACAUAUAUAUAUAUAUAUUAUAUGUAUAGGUGUGUGUAUUUAGAUUUAACUAAUACUCUCUGAACUGAGAUUUUUAGAAAUAAUGCGGUCAAUCUGUGGAUUCCAGUAUUUCUCAUUUAAGAUCACCCCUCUCCAAAGAGAUUCAGUUUCUUAACACUCCAUUAUGUGCAAUAGAUUUCAAGUUUCUAGUGUAGUUAAGUACUUCAUUAUUGGGAAACAUUUUGAAUUUGUAUAGAGGGUAUACUAUAAGAGUAAAAGUAUGUAUAUACCUUAUAAGUAUAUAUAAUGUAAUUAAAUCGCCAAAAAAUCAAAUUUGUUCCAUUCCAGAUUAUAUACAUUUCUUUUUUUCAGGUGGUUUUCGAAUUAGGCAAUAAACGUAUUGCCGGUCAGAAAAUAUAUUUAAAAUCUUUA